GACACUUUUAAGGUGGACCGGGAAGUUCCAAACAAGAAGCUGUGAAUCGGAUGUCAACUUCAGCAGUGGUGCGAAAGGCGAGCAGCGUCAGGCUACAGCAGACCCAUGCAAGUAUCAUUGUAGCCGGCGGAAAAAUCCUUAGAUUUAUAUCCCACUUCUUGGCAUUCACUAAAAGACAGUAACUGGGCGAAUGUCAGCUAGUAGCCGUGUUGGCUAACUGAGCUCGCUGACGUGAGCUGACAGCGAAAGGGGAUGCUUGCUAGCUAGCUAGCUGACGUUAGCCUCACUAGCUUAUCGCUGCUACACCCCAACCAUGAGCGAAGAUGACAACUCGGUAUCGGCGAGCAAAGACAAAGACUCGACCCUGCUGCUCACUAAAGACGGACAAAGGUACUACGUGAGUAAGAGCGGGGUGGUUGACAGUAGGAAUGUGACGACGCCGCACGAACCGGACCACAACGCCUCCUCGUACGACGCGGACGACCCGGACGAGGAGAGCGACGUCCUGGACACCUCGGAUCCCAGAGACGGCGCCGCCAGCCCGGAGGAGCUCAACGACGAGGAGGCGUCGGAGGGCGACAACGCUCCCAAGCAGUGCACCUAUGAGGGGUGCACGGAGACCUCGACGCAGGUGGCCAAGCAGAGGAAGCCCUGGAUGUGCAAGAAGCACCGCAACAAGAUGUACAAGGACAAGUACAAGAAGAAGAAGAGCGACCAGGCCAUGUCCAGUGGCAAACUCGAUGAAAAUUCAGAGGAGAGGCCAGUGUCUGUGAACAAACAGCGUCUGGGUGCCAUGGGGGACCGGCCGGCCAGACCCUCGCUGAUAGAGCAGGUCCUGAACCAGAAAAGACUGUCCCUGCUGAGGAGUCCAGAGGUGAUCAGCUUCCUGCAGCAGCAGCAGCAGCUCCUGGCUGCACAGGGCCGCAGCCAAUCACAGCAGCAGUUCCAGGGCUGCUGACGCCCGCUGGUAGAUGUGUUUGUGAUGAAUAAGAGAAUCCUGAAGAAAACACUGGUGCUUACUGCGUAAAUGGAUAGCAACUGCGCACUGUAAACAUGAAUUUCCCCAGCCAGCCAGACAGAGGGACGGACAGACAGACAAACAGACAUGCUGCGGAAAGAAUAACCCGGUAAUCAAGGGAUGUUUUCGAAAGUGCGGUGAGGCUGGUGGACUAAAGAAGGUUGAACUGAUCUAAAUCCCUCAAGUGUGUGAAUUCCUGAAGGAGCAGACUGACUGUGAGAUCAAACCAUGCCUGGUGCUGUUUAGGAAAUCUAAUAUCCUGAAUGGAAGCCAACAUUGUUUUCAUGUUUAGCAUUGUGCCCGACUGAUAUGGAUCUUUUGGAGCCGAUACAGACCCCAUCCAAUAACUGAUAAUCUUCUUUUUAUUUAAUGUUUUCUCUUCCUUAACAUGUAUUGAUUCCACAUGACAGUUGUGUAAUGCAUGUCUGCAGCCUCUUCUCAGUCAAGUGGGGCCUCCAGAAUUUCUUUUUAACACUUUUUCUAUCCCUGUAUGAAAAUAAAUCCGAAUGUCAGUUUGGUGGAAUGAAUAUUGGUCAUGUUAGCUGGUCGGUUUCGGAAGAAGAAAUCAUGUACUGUUUUGUUGUUGCUGUGUUUUAAAGUUGGGAAGUGUGCGAAUGCCCUGCUGUGAAUAUGAGAGUAAAAUGAUAACAUUAACACUGAGAAA